CGGCAGCAGUGAGAAAGGAAGGGUAUACACGCUGGUUCCUGCGCCCGGGCUGCCUGGCUCUCUGGUGAUAGAAGACGGUACCCUGAUACACAAGAAACUUCUAGGGCUGUCCACUCGGUGAGGUUAUGUAAGCUUCGGUGUCCUGAAGGAGACAAUCUUUGAAUUCUGUGUUGUUUAUUAUCUCUAGAUAACACUCCAGCGGCCCACACUGUCUUUAAUACCAUCCUUGUUCAUAUUUUUGUACCAAAGACGACGUUCUUUGAGGUACAGGACACCCAAGUGUACCCUCAAACAAUCUUCGGGGUACGGGCCACACUCUUGUACCACGAGAUCCUUCGGUGUGGAGGCCACACUACUGUUUUCCAGAAGAUAUUCGAUGUAAGGGGCCACGCCACUUUACCUCUUCGAGGAUAUUAACGAGAGAUCGACAGAAGCAAUGAGAUGAUUUCCGAGUCUGAGAGAGUUGACGUCGCUCCUGCGUCACGGAGGGUGAAACGUCUUUGCAUCACACACUGGUCAUACCUUGGUUACCACCGAGAGUGAAGAGGAGGGAGCACCAUCAGGUAUUAACGAUCAAGAGAAGAUGAGAGUACCUGCUAAUUAUCCUGGAGGUCAGGGAAACUUCUACUGACGGUAUACUGAAGUUCUUAUGUGGAAGUUCAAGUGAGGCCAACACAAGAAGACCCCUGCUAACAACACUGAAGUUCUCAGGUGGAAAACUCAAGAAUAACGAACACUAAAUCUUUCAUAUCACCAUACAGACCUGGUGAAGAUGCUGGUGCACUACUAACCAGAGACUGAUCCACUGACCAGCUAUGGGUUUCAAAAGACUAACGCCCGUGGUGAGAGUGGGCGGCCGUGGGUGGCUGCGUCUGGACGCCCGUCAUGCCGCCCUCACCGCCGCCCUCUAUUCUAUCUGUGCGUCACUGGUGGUGUCACUGCUGUACGUCUGGAGGCUGGUGGUGAACGCUAGACAUCCCCAGCAUCUUCAAGACGUCUACUACGGUGUUCAGAUUUCGUACCUGUCUACUGUGUGUACACACAUCACACUAGUUAUACUGAGCACCUUCCUCAUCGUCGGGAUAUGCAAGGAGCGGUGUGGGCUGGUCACACCCUGGGUGGUGGCUAGUAUCACCUUCAUGGCACUCGAGGCCGUCUGCUGCAUGUACUCUAACGUACUCAGGGACCACAUUAACAAGAGAUUCGACACUAUAUGCAAAGCUGAAAUGGCAUUUUUGGUCGCAAGACUCUUUUUAAAUAUCCUUGCCCUGUGGGGAGUCAUGAGGUUCUACAGAAACAUUCGCUCCGGCCUCACCUACAAGGACCCAGAGGCCAUAGAACUAUAGAAUCAUGACGUGUGUUACUUGGAGGGCAAAACCUUCCAUGGUGUUCUUCGGAAAGCAGCUUCGUUCAGGCCGUGUCUUGGAGGGAAAAUCUCCUCAAUGCCGUCUCUUAGAGGACAAAUUCGUUGGUGCUCUUCCUUGGUGGACUAAUUUCUUGGGGUCACUUUUUGGGGGUACGCACCUCGCUGCGAUUCCUUUGAAAACAAAACUCUUGAAACUGUUUCUGGAUCAGCUUCUUACAAAAAAAGGAAGUCGUGGCUUAGAGAGGAAGAGAGGCGAGGUCUCAUACUCUCUCUCUCUCUCUCUCUCUCUCUCAGUAUGCAUUGUAUUGUUUUCUGAUCAUGAAAUGUUAAUAUAUUGGUGAAUAAAAUUGUAAUAAUCAAAAAACUCACCUCGAGAAUAAAAAAGGCAAUGUCCUAGAGUGCAGGACUUACGUUUAUAACUUUAGCUUCAGGCCAAUGGCUACUAUGGCGCCAAACCAAUGGAUGUUAGGGUGGCGCCAGACCAUUAGAUGUUACGAUGGUGCCAGACUAAUGGAUGUUUAGAGAAGUAUUCUCAAAAGGAAAUUUUUGCAUGUGACAUAAUGCUGAAAAACAUUACUUGUAAACACAACGUCAGGGAUCUUAUUGUCUCUCUUGACAUCAGAAAAUGAUAAAUCAUUACUACCGAGAUACAUACAUGUAUUACGUCCAAAAUAAACUCGAAUAUUUGUAUGUGUGUGUGUGUAUUUGUGAGUGUGGCUUCAUGUAUAUGGAACAAGUUGCACGUAUAUGUCAUUAAAAAGCUUCAGCAGUGAGAGCUAAAGCUAUUUAUGAACGCUACACUGACAUCGCAAUUUAAAAGACUCGUCAUAAAGUAAGUAUGAGUAACGUUGGUUUCUCCGAUGUAUAAAUUCAAAUUUGUCCUAUAGUUUAUAAAA